CCUCUUUCCCCUGGUGCGUUUUCGGGCUGGACUCAUAACGUCUGCAUUUUCAUUUCGCGCGUGUUGCUCAGGGGACCCCUCUACCCUGGCAGCGGCUUGUCGUCGUCUUCUUCUCCGGCGUGUCCUUCGCUAUUCUCUUCUUCGUCGACUCAAGGGUAUCAUCUAAUUCGAAGUAAUGUUCGCAUUUUCUGACUCAUCCUGAAACAUCAGAAUGAGAGAACUUUAGAAAGUCCAUAUUUGUGAAUUGGGUAGGCCUCCAAUAGUCUUCACGAUGACGAUGGUCUUCUUCAUGUGUGCAAUGAUGACCAUUUCUACCUUGCCUAUGACGUCGAUCUCCGUUGAUUGAUUCUUCCUCUCGGUCACGCAUCAAUAGUUGAAUUUGGUUUGACAGACCUAUAACUUGAUCACUAAGCAUGUUGACGGCGUCUAACUUGUAAUACCACAAAGAACAUGGUUUUGCCAAAUGCAUCUGAGGACUUGUCAACAGAAAUGGAAGUUGAUGCAUAUAGACGCCUCUUUCCAUUGCAGUAUUAUGAGCGUCAUCUUGUUGAAUCUAUUAGGCCUGAUGGCAGACCACUCGGAAGGGCCAGAGAUACAACUAUAGCUCUUGGGGCUGUUGCAUCUGCUAAUGGAUCAGCCCUUGUUAAGAUCGGAUCAACUACUAUGUUGGCUGCUAUUAAAAUGGAAGUUAUGACUCCCACCAUGGAGUCCCCAGAUGAGGGCUGUAUAGCCAUUGAUUUCCACAUGCCCCCAAUUUGUUCUCCUAUUGUGAGGCCAGGCAGGCCAGCUGAGGUAGCACCAGUUGUGUCAAAGCAGUUGUCUGACACUAUUUCAAGCUCUGGCAUGGUUGAUGUGAAAGAAUUGUCCUUAGUCAGUGGAAAAGCUGCAUGGAUGGCAUACUUGGAUGUUUACUGUUUGGAUGCUGAUGGUGCUAUUUAUGAUGCUGCUUUACUUUCAGCAACUGCUGCCUUAUCUCAUUUGCAAAUUCCUGCCGUUUCUAUGAAUGAUGAUGGCAAAAUAGUGCUGAUGUCUGAGGAAGAUGGAGAGAAGUUGGCACGAGAGGCAGUGAAUAAGGAAAAGAGGAAGCUUACAUUAAGAAGCAUUCCAUUCUCAUUAACAUGCAUACUUUACAAGAACUACAUCUUGGCUGACCCUACUGCAGAAGAAGAAUCCAUCAUGGAAACUCAGGUGACCAUAGUUUUGGAUUCAUCCAGUCAACUGAUAUCUCUAUACAAGCCUGGUGGAUCAGUUCUUGCUUAUACGCCAGCUAUUCAGGAUUGUGUGGCACUGACCAGGCAACGAGUAAAGGAGCUGCAGAGCAUCUUAGAUGAAGCAAAUUCUGCUAUGGAGGUUGAGUAGAUUGGUUUGGGCAUUUGUUUCUGUUUUUAGUUCUUUGUACAUUGUAGAUCGUUUUAACGGCAGCUUUCUUGAUUCUCUGAUUUCAACUUCUAUAACAAACCAGUUUUUUUACCCCCUGAAGAACAGGUUUUUCAAAGUUUUGGCUGAUGUAGUCUUGUUUUGUAUGAUUUUAAUUAUAUGCUGCUUUAUACUUGUAAUAGUUUUAUGAAAUGUUACUUCUGCAAUAGGGAAAAUUACAAUUAAGGAUGUAUGAACAUCGGUAAUUAUUUAUGACCACAAACUGCUGAAAUUGAAUUUCAA